AUGUUGUCACGAGUGGCCCGUCAGAAAAAUGCCCUCUUCCACCUCCGGAAGGCUAACGCCCAUCGGGCGUUGGCUGGCUCCUCGAUGCUGCGUCUUCAUUCCAGUUCCAGCUUCUCGAGCCCGAUCCUUAACUCGCAAAACACAUCGACUCAGACCCGACACCGACGACCAUCUUUCCAGUCCCAGCGCAAUCUCGCUACAGCAACUGACCAUUCUGUCCUCGACCAGGGAUCCUACAUGCCUUUGGACGACACUCCCUACUCCGCAUCCAUGGAUAUCAAAAGUCCCUUCGACAAGCCGGCUUUCGGAAUGACCACUCCUUUUGAUUCAUCCUCCCUGGUCAUCCUCGAUGAGACUCCCCAGUCUCAGCCGAAAGUCCACCGCAAAGUCAGAGGUAUUGGUGGUGAUCAGGAGGAGAUGCUGGCGAACUUCGACAUGUCGAUGAAGGUUGGCCGGUUCGAUCGAGCUGCAGCAUUGCUCAGUCGCUUGGGUGCUAAUUUCGCUAUUGGCUCCCCUGAAUACCUAGCCCUCCACAACCGUUACCUGAAGGAGAUGGUUUCCCAUAUGAUCAUCACUCGACAAGAUUACAUGGUCCUGCCUUUACAAAAGUGGUUUGAGGUGGAUAUGCCCGCGGCUGGUGUCUUUGCCAACGCCGAGACUUUCGCAGUCAUGAUUCGCAUGGCAUUGCGCAUGUUCCACGGAGGCAAGCGGGAGAGAGCGGUGCGACGGUACUGGGAACUGGCGAAGAAGGUGGACCUUCACGAAGAACUUCUGGCAGUUGAGGUUCUCACUGAUUUGGAUCUCGGAGAGCUGUCCAAGAUCUGCUGGUACGACCUACGUCAACCAUCCCUUGACCAUUUUAAUCUCGACGAUACUACAACACAAGAGCAAGCAAUUGCAGUUGAGAACGAGGUUGCGGAUGUCCUUGCGGCUGAACAAAAAGGUCUUGGUCUCUCGUCCUUGAAGGAGUCGCUUUCCUUAUUCUCAGAUAACUCUCAAGUCACUAUUCCGGAGAACUUUGAGGGUACCGAGGAAGAGAAGGAGUAUCUUGUUACCAAGCUCAGACAGCAAAGGCUCGAAGCCGAUACGAUCAAAGCAGCCACAGCCCGCUGGCGCGCCGAAUUCGAUGAAAGGACAAAGGCUGGCUUGGAUGUGAGUUCGGGAAAGAGAAAUGUGAAUGCUGUGAUGAGUCAAUGGCACACCGAUCUCGUGGCCGCUAUCAAGGAGGAAAUUCAAUUUGCUACAAAGGCCGAGACAGAGCCAGUCCGGACUCGUGAAGCAAAGGAACGUCUUGAAUACGGUGUGUAUCUGCAGUCUCUGGACGCCGAAAAAUUAUCAGCCAUCACGAUUCUGGCUGUGAUGUCUGUUUUCAGCCGAGGAGGAAUGGAGAAGGGAAUCAAGCUCUCCACCCUUGCGUCAUUUAUCGGCCGUGAGGUCCAGGAUGAGUUGAUUGCGCAGGCUUACAUCAAGAAGAGCGCGAGCUCGGAUACUCGACGCACACAAAUGCUCAAGGACAUGCUCGCAGGGCGCAAGGGCAAAGACGGCCGACCCCGAUGGAGACACCUGGUUGAAUCAGUGACCCACGAGGACCCUGAGUUGCACUGGGGCCAGCGAACCACAGUCAGAGUUGGAGCAGUUUUGAUGAAGUUACUAUUCGAUGUCGGCAAAGUUACUGUUCGGAACAAAGACGCCAAAGCUGGUGAAGCGAAGACUAUCGUGAAACCUGCCUUUUUGCAUGCAUACGAAAUCACAUUUGGAAAACGUCUCGGUCUCAUCCACAUGCACCCCGAGAUCGUCAGAAUGGUGGCCAAGGAGCCUCCUGCGGAACUCAUUGGUCGUCAUCUUCCCAUGGUAUGCAAGCCUAAGCCAUGGACAGGCCUCAAGGAGGGCGGAUAUAUGCUUUAUCAGAGCAACAUUAUUCGUACAACACCUGGCGAGUCUUUGCAACCAGCCUAUAUCAAAGCCGCCUUGGAACAGAAUGGCCUUGAAGCAAUCCGAGAUGGUCUCAAUGUGCUUGGAAACACCGGGUGGGUAAUCAACAAAGAGGUCUUUGAGGUCAUGCUGGAAGCCUGGAACAAGGGCGAUGCUCUUGCGAGUCUAGCACCUCUUGAACCAGAUCUUCCGCCUGCCACUGAUGCGGGCUAUGAUGCCGAGAAGAAAUGGCAGACUCUCAUGCGUGAAAUGGAGAAUCUUCGGGCAGGAUAUCAUUCAGUGCGAUGUUUCCAGAACUUUCAGUUGGAAGUGGCGCGCGCUUUCCGCAACGAGACGUUCUAUUUGCCUCACAACCUUGAUUUCCGUGGACGAGCUUACCCCCUGCCACCUUACCUCAACCAGAUGGGCGCCGAUAACUCUCGAGGUCUCCUCUUAUUCAGUGAGGCCAAGCCGCUUGGCGUCAGUGGUCUGCGUUGGCUGAAAAUCCAAAUUUCCAACCUGGCUGGAUUUGACAAGGCAAGCAUGUCUGAACGUGAACAAUUCGCUAUGGACCAUCUUGACGAUAUUCUCGACUCUGCCAACAAUGGUCUUAACGGCAAACGGUGGUGGCUGAAGGCCGAAGAUCCAUGGCAGUGCUUGGCAGCUUGCUUCGAACUCCGCAAUGCUCUACGUUGCGAAGAUCCCACUACAUACCUCUCUCGCUUGCCGAUUCACCAGGACGGUUCUUGCAACGGUCUUCAACACUACGCUGCUCUAGGCGGUGACCUUGUUGGCGCCCAGCAGGUCAACCUCGAGCCCUCCGAUCGGCCGUCUGAUGUCUACACUGGUGUCUCCGAAUUCGUGAAAGUUGCAGUGGCAAAAGAUGCGGCUGAGGGUGUCGAGAUAGCCAAGGUUCUUAACGGAAAAAUCACCCGAAAGGUUGUGAAGCAGACGGUCAUGACUAACGUCUACGGUGUAACUUUCAUGGGUGCUAUGCGCCAGGUCAGGAAGCAGCUGAAUGAUCACUAUCCCGAACUCGAUCCCGAAACGAAAAAGGCUGGUUCUUUGUACAUCGCGGCGAAAAUUUUCGAGGCCUUGGGAUCCAUGUUCAAUGGAGCUCACGAGAUUCAAUACUGGCUCGGCGAUUGUGCCAGCCGCAUCACUCAGAGUCUAACCCCAGAGCAAGUCGAGGCUCUUGCAAAUGAAGCAUUGUUGCCCAACGGUGACUAUGCCCCGGGUGACAAAAGCAUUGCCAAACUUCUUGACCCAGCUAAGAAGUUCCGGUCCACUGUCAUCUGGACCACACCUCUGGGACUCCCAGUUGUUCAGCCUUACCGCACCCGAAAGGCUCGUCGUGUGUCCACCAGUCUACAGGACCUUAACAUUGUGGACGUUAACUCUGAUGAUGUGGUCUCCCGACGCAAGCAGCUGCAAGCAUUCCCGCCAAACUUCAUUCACUCCCUCGAUGCGACACACAUGAUCAUGUCUGCCAAUGCUUGCAACAAAGCUGGCCUUGCUUUCUCCGCAGUCCACGAUUCCUUCUGGACCCAUGCUGGUGACGUCGACAAGAUGAACUCAGUCCUUCGCGACGCGUUUGUCCAGUUGCACUCUGACGACAUCAUUGGGCGACUCGCCUCAGAGUUUAAAGUUCGUUAUGGCAAGAACCUCUUCUUGGGCAAAAUUUCGGCCUCCAGCAAGCUUGCUCGUGCUAUCAAAGAAAUGCGCAACAAGAAAGCAUACCGAUUGAAAAAUACGAGACUCUUGGAGCUGAUUGACGAGAACCGGCGUCAACAGCUCCUACGAUCCGAUGACCCAGCGGAACAGGCUGAAGGCCGUGCUAUGGAAACUCCUGCCGCUCUUUUCGAGCAAAUGGGAUGCACGGCUGAAGAUUUGAUCAUCUCCAACUCUCUUGGUGAGAACAAAGUUGGUCAUAUCCCCGAAGAUCUCGAAGCCGCUGAGCGGAGACCUGAUGCCGCCGGCAUUGACCCCAAUGACCCGGCUAUUCAGAGCCUGUUCAAUGAGGUUGAUCUGAUGGACUCGAAGUCAACAUCGAAAGCUGAUGCUGAAGAUCUCAAUGACUCAGUCGAGGUUACUGAGAAGAAGUCCAAAAAGAGUAGCGGAUCGGCGCCUGUCUGGUUGUGGUUGCCAAUGAGCUUCCGUGACGUGCCCAAGAAGGGCGACUGGGAUUUGACCCGUAUUCGCCGCAGUGAAUACUUCUUUUCUUGA